AUGGGUUUAGUGAGGACGUCCGUGUGUUUGUUCGUGUGGGGCUUGAUUUGUUGGCCGGCCCGGACCACUGCGCUCGACGGCAAGUACGAACCGACCUGGGAAAGUUUAGAUGCGCGACCCCUACCCAAAUGGUAUGACGAUGCGAAGGUGGGCAUCUUCAUACAUUGGGGCGUGUACGCGGUACCUAGCUACGGGUCCGAAUGGUUCUGGAUCAACUGGAAGGGCAGCAACACAACCGAGUACGUGCAGUUCAUGAACAGCAACUACAAGCCCGGCUUCACGUACCAAGACUUUGCGAGCGACUUUACGGCGGAACUGUUCAACGCGACCGAGUGGGCCGAUCUGUUCGUUAGGUCCGGUGCACGGUACGUGGUGCUGACUAGCAAACACCACGAAGGCUACACCCUGUGGCCGUCGCGGCAUACGUUCGGCUGGAACUCGAUGGACGUCGGACCGCAUCGAGACAUUGUGGGCGAGUUGGCCGGAGCAGUUCGCGCCACCGGGCAGCUGACGUUCGGUGUGUACUACUCACUGUUCGAGUGGUUUAACCGGCUGUACAUCCGCGACAGGGACCUUGCCUUCCUCCAUCGGGAGUACGUCGAUGGGAAGGUGUGGCCCGAGCUGCAGGAACUUAUCAACACCUACCGGCCGGAGGUGCUGUGGAGUGAUGGCGAUUGGGAGGCACCCGACGGGUACUGGAAGGCGAGAGAGUUCUUCACCUGGCUGUACAACGACAGCCCGGUGCGGGACACGAUCGUUACGAACGAUCGCUGGGGCAUGGGGACGCUGUGUCUGCACGGUGACUUUCACACCUGCUCCGAUCGCUACAACCCCGGCGUACUGCAGAAGCACAAGUGGGAAAAUGCAAUGACGAUCGAUCGAAAGAGCUGGGGCCAUCGGGGAAAUGCGCGGCUGGAGGAUUUCGUCACCACGGACGAGCUGAUCGGGGAGAUCGCCACCACGGUCAGCUGUGGCGGUAACAUCCUGAUCAACGUUGGCCCAACCAAAGCAGGCACCAUCGAUCCAAUCUUUGCCGAGCGGCUCGUCGAUAUGGGACGCUGGCUAAAAGUAAACGGCGAAGCGAUCUACAAAUCGCAACCCUGGGACUACCAGAACGAUACACUCACCGGCAGUGUUUGGUACACGGCAGCAAAGGGUUCCACCCGGCGGGACACCAACUUCCGCACGAUCUACGCGAUCGUGUUGGACUACCCGUACAAAGCGAACAGCGUGCGGUUGGGAGCCUUCAGCAACCGGGUGACAAAGAUCGUACAGAUCACGAUGCUUGGAUUCAACACCGCCCUAAAGUGGAAACCGACGGAUGAUGGCAUUUUGGUGGAGUUCCCUGCCAAGAAUGAAAUCGACCGGCUAAUGCUCCACCACGCAUGGACGCUUAAGAUUACGCUGUCCUCCCGGUGGCCCCUAAACGGAUGA